UACACAAAAACGAAUUCAUCAACUGCCAUUUCCUUUAUUUAACUUCUUAUCCUUCAUCUCCUCAUUUUCAAUCUCUCUCUCUCUCUCUCUCUCUCUCUCUACAAUGUCUGCGUCCAAUUCUAGAAUCUCGCUAGCACUUUUCCUAUUCUUAGGCUAUUUCCCGGGGUUUAUGUUAUGUGCAGUUGUGUCGCUGAGUUCAAUUGAGAUCUUCAAUAAGCAUGAAUGGCUAAAAACAACUUCAACUGUGUAUUUUCUUUGCGAAGGGGAGAACAAAAGUUUGUUUGAAGAUGUCAAGAGAACUCAUUUCGUUUAUGCUUUCAAUGGUCAACAAUCUUGGCAGGUUUUAAGUAACUUUUCAAGCAAAAAAUGCAAGCCGUGUGGACUCUACGAAGAAAACAGUAUUACUCCUUCAGACGAUGCUUUUGACGAGUGGGAGUUAUGUCCUUCUGAUUUUACUUCACCCCAUGGUGAAUAUAUUAAGUUCAAGGAAAAACAAUUCAAUGCUACUUUUUUGUGCCCAGAUUGCUUAUCUCUUGUAUCUAGCACUUCUGGUAAACGCGGAAAGCACAUAGCUAUUCUGGUUUUUCUUGGUGCUUUGGCCCCAAUCGUACUGAUUCUUGGAGUAUUUGGUGCAUAUAAGUACUGGCUGAAGAAAAAAAAGGAAGAAGACCAAGCUCAGCUUUGGAAAUUAUUUGAAGAUAGCGACGAAAUUGAAGAUGAACUAGGCCUUGGUGGUUCGAUAAUAUGAUGAUAGUAAACAAAUUAGGUCUUGUAUAUGCAAAAGGAUGAAAUAUUAUUUUCUUCUGGUUAAACAUGUAACUAUCCCAAGUUUAUAUA